AUGCAAUCUAUUCAACAGACAGAUUUUGAUGCCUUCUCAGCUAAAUUGGCCUGUAUCUCAAAGGGCUAUUUACCGACAAACAGGCAAGCUUUAAUUGAUCCCAUCGAGAAAUGGGACCAAUUUUACCAAGAUUAUAAAUCAUUAUAUUUUGAAUAUUUGAAUACUAUCAAAAUCUCAACUUUAAAGGGCAAAAGACUAUUCUUAAAGAUUACAAGAGCUAUGCAAAGCUCACAGCCUGUGAUGAACUAUGGUACCUAUUUAAGAACAUUAUCAAUUGAUAUACCAUUAUUACAAUAUCUCAACAGUAACCUCAUUCAUAAACAAUGUCAGAUUGUUAAUCUCGGUUGUGGUUCUGAUUUAAGAUGUUUGCAAAUUUUGAAUAACAAAGAUAUUUUCCCUCAUGUAAUAAAAUAUAUUGAUUUAGAUUUUAAAGAAUCUGUAGAGUUGAAACAAUCAAUCCUAAAAUCUAUUUCAUCCUCCCAAAAUUCCCUUGUGCCGAUUGAUACCACAUGGGGUGGUAGAUUUGAAGCAGUGGCUUCUGAUUUAAAUGAUUUAGACAACACCCUGUUAAUAUUAAAAUCAAAACUUGAUGUUAAGAUUCCCACAAUUUUCAUCACAGAAUGUACACUAUGUUAUAUCAAGGAAAAAGAGUCGCAGGAUUUGAUUGAUUCAAUAAGAACAGUUUUUGAUUCUGGAUUAUGGAUAUCAUAUGAUCCUAUCGGCGGCGCUAAUAGCGAUAAUAGGUUCGGUAUUAUAAUGAAGGAAAAUCUAUUGAUGUCUAGAAAUUUGGAUUUACCAACUUUGUUAUUAUAUAAUUCAAAAGAAAGUUAUUCAAAUAGAUGGAAGAAUUAUAAAGAUGUUAAGAUUCAAAACAUGUGGGAUUUUUUAAAUUCUAAUCUUCAUCCAAUGGAAUUAAAAAGAUUGCAAUCCUUACAGUUUUUAGAUGAAUUUGAAGAAUUGAAAAUUAUGCAAAAUCAUUAUGUAACAAUGAAUGCUCGGUGGUAA